AAAAGUAAAGUUAAACAAAUUUUCAUGUCCACCAACCAACCACUGAACUGAUAAUGCGGUUAUGGCUGUUGACUUUAUCAAAAGCUAAUAUACACUCUUCCAUCUAUCAUCCCUUCCUUCAUUUUUCUCUUUAUAAGAAGCAUGAAAAUUCAUGUGCUAAAGUCUACUACAGUCAACCUACUAGCCAGCAAGAGUUUGAACAAUUCACAUGAAGUGUUGGACAGAAACAUCAUUGUUGUCAUUCUACAUUGAAAAUGCGCAACAUUGAGAUUGAAACGAGGAAAAAUGGUGAUGUGAAGUACUCGUAUGAGUCAUAUCCUCAGUCUCCUUUUUCAGCAUACCAAGCUCCUAACGAUGGUAACACUGAAGAAUCAACUACGCCAUCAUCUCUGAGCAGAAUCAGUCCACUGAUUUUGCUGGUCAUAAUUGUUCUAGCAGUUAUCUUCUUCGUGUAUGGACUUGUCCAUUUGGUUCUAUGGUUUUUCAUGAAAACACCAACCUCUUCAUCAACCUACAACUCCAACAGGUUCCACGACUCCACGCGCUCACGUGUUCUUCAGAGGCAGCUUCAACAACUCUUCCGCUUGCACGAUUCGGGUAUAGACCAAGCCCUCAUAGACGCUCUACCAGUUUUCCAUUACCAAGACUUGCUGGGUUCAAAGGAACCGUUUGAUUGUGCCGUGUGUUUAUGCGAGUUCUCCGAGGACGACAAGCUGAGGUUGCUUCCUAUGUGCACACACGCCUUUCACAUGACCUGUCUUGACACGUGGCUUCUCUCGAAUUCCACGUGUCCUCUUUGCAGGGCUUCUCUCUCCAACUACCUGGAGAAUCAAAAUCAAAACCAAAAUCCUAUCUUGUUUAAUGUUGGUAUUGGCAAUUCAAAUUCCUUGGCUGUGGGAAGUGGGUUGAGGGGUGAGGAAGAGAACGGGUUUUCAGAAAGUGAAAGAUCGGUUGGGAAAAGGGUUUUUUCUGUGAGGCUUGGGAAAUUCAGGAACAAUGGGAUGGAGUUAGAGAGUGGAGAUAGUUGUAGCUUGAAUGAGAGGAGAUGCUACUCCAUGGGUUCAUAUAGGUACGUGGUUCGUGAUUUGAAUCUGCAAGUGGUUUUGUCUGAAUCUGGUGAUGUGAAGGGAAAGAGGAUAAGCGACUCAACCAAAGGUGAGAGCUUCUCUGUUUCCAAGAUAUGGCUUUGGUCCAAGAACCCCACACUUCAUGCUUCUAAUGCACCUUUUCCUUAAAACAAACAUGUAUGAAGAAGAAGAAGAAGGUAAAUCUUCUAUCAAGAAUUGCAUGCCAAUUAUAGUGCUUUUUUUUCAUGUUUUACAUUAUACCAUUAAUAAAAACCUAUUUAAA